UUUUUAUUCUUUUUCAGCAAAACUUUAGCACAAACUAAAUAAUGUCAUUGUUAUCAAGAUUUUGUUGGCGGAAGAUACCACCUAAAACAUUGGGAAUACUCAACAUGAAUUCGAAUGGCUGUGGGAUUUCUGCAUUCCACUGUCAGAAUUUAUGUUCACAGAAUACCAUGGAUAGAAAAAACCCAAUCCAAAAAGAGAUUAUUUUUCAAGGACGAUUUUGUAUGACAAAAAAUGAUUUCAAUAUUGUCUUGGGAACCCACGGGAUAAAUUCACAUUUUACAAAAAUAGGAUCUUUACAUUAUAGCACAGACAGUAAAGAAAAUUUGAAUCCUAAAGUCAAAAAACCUGAUUAUGAGAUCACCAAGAAAAAGGAAAUUAAUGAUCCAAAACAGGAAACUAAUUCUAGUGAACCGGAACCUGUUUCCAUGACAAGGAGAAUUCAAAUUGUUGUGGGAAUAGUAGCCAUCUGGGGGGUGAUAUAUUUUAUUAUAAAAUAUCUCAAAAGUAAAGAAGAAAUUACAAAACGUGAAGAACAAGUUAGUCAAAUUGAUAUCGGAGCAAAAGAUUACGAACUGAUUGACCACUUGGGGCAGAAGAGAAAAAAAGCAGAUUUUAUGGGCCAGUGGUUAUUAUUGUAUUUCGGUUUUACGCAUUGUCCAGAUAUUUGUCCCGAGGAGUUGGAAAAAAUGGCAGAAAUUAUCGACCUAGUCGACAAGGAUAAAAGUGUUCCGGAUAUUUUACCGAUCUUUAUAUCUGUUGAUCCGGAACGAGACACACCAGAAGUCGUAAAAAACUACAUCGCGGAGUUCCAUAAAAAAUUUGUAGGGUUAACAGGCACGAAAGAGCAAGUGAAACAAGCUGCAAAAACGUUUCGAGUUUAUUUUAGCGCCGGACCGCGCGAUGAAGACAAUGAUUACAUUGUUGAUCACACAAUCGUUAUGUACUUAAUGAAUCCAGCUGGGAAUUUUGUUGAUUACUACGGAUCUCGAGGAGUAGCGACGCCUGACAUUGUGUCUGGUAUAAAAAAGAAUAUGAAAAAUUAUAAACGACUGCAUGGGUGAUGGUUCUGCAUGGUUGCUUGUUUUCUGGGUUUUAAACAUUAUUUGUAGUAAAUAUCUCCCAGAAUUAUUCAAGCGUGACUGGUCAGAAUAAAUUCUGGUGGUUCCACAUGACUGCUUGUUUUUGGUGAUUUAGGCACUGCAAUAAUCCCGGGCAAGUAACCUUGCAUUAUGGUCAGAUACUUUCCAAUUAAUAUUUGUCUCUGGUAAAAUAUAAACUUGUUUUAUAUUUGUAGAAGAAGUUAAUUUCACCCUUAUUGAACAACUAAAUCCAUUGGGCCUGGGGUAUAGUAGAGUUUAGUACCACAAGUACCUUCAGUGGGCGUGGCAUAACGAUUU